GCGGGGGGAGCCCGGAGCGCCCGGCAGGGAUGGGAUCUCGGACACCCCCGGCCCCGCAGGAGCCAAAGGGGACAGGGGCGAUCCCGGCAUCCAGGGCAUGAAAGGCGACAAGGGGGACUCGUGCCAGCCCUGCGAUCAUCUCCGUGUCCUCGCUGCACUGCGCCUCGAGGGGCAGCGGGGGCUGCCGGGCCAGGAGGGGCUGUCCGAGCUGGCCGGGAUCAAGGGUGACAAGGGGGACAUUGGCCAUGUGGGACCCACGGGCAGACCGGGAGCGCCGGGAGAGAAGGGAGACCCAGGUGUGAGGGGGCUCAAGGGAGAGAAGGGUGACCAAUGCGGGCAGUGCCCUCCCACCCCUCAAGCCCUGCAAGGGACAGCGACAGUGGUGGCAGUGCCAGGGCCACCGGGUGAGAGGGGUCCUGCUGGCCCCCCGGGCAGAGCGGGCAGACCCGGCGAGGCUGGUGACAAGGGACAGAAGCUCUUCAAUAAAAGCACCUUCAUCAUUCUCAUGAUUAUGUGUUCCUGA